AUGUUGGUGUUUAUAUGUAGUGUUGUCUGUGUCUACAUGCGUCUGAUUGCACAAAAGUACCAUUUGUCGUUAAGUUGCUUUCAGACUUACACCGACCAGUCAGGCGUUGGCACAUCCUGCUCUGUCCAGUUGUUCGUAAUCUAUUUUCCGGUGUUUACUAAACGCCGCCUUUUUUCAGAGGUGACAGUCUCCGGAUGUGUCCGUUUCGGCUUGAGUUGUCACCAGGUGGGCGGAAAGAAGCAGUUACCCAGUUUUGCCGGAGUUGUCAGUGCAAGUGAGCCUCAACUUACAGCUGCUGGCAGUAGUAGAGCUGCAGCCGUCUUUCAAAACAAAGUGCCAUUCGGCAUUUCCAUUAAUGCACCCUUGUCUUAA